CGGCAGCGCUCUCGCAGAGGCGGCAGCCCGAGCGGAAGCCGGGGCCGGGAAGGCAAUCAGGCAGCACCAGGCGCCAUCGACGCGCGUGCGGUCCGAGCCCUCCGAGGCGCCGCCCGCCCCGCCGUGCGUGUAGUAGGGGGCUGCCCCCACAGCACAGCAGCAGCCGGCACGCCACGAUGAAGGACCCAUCGAAGCACGCGAAGCAUGUACUGAUACUGCUAGCCGCCACCGCAUGGGCCGCGAGGGACAAGAUCUGCCACCCCGGGCAAAGUGGACUGUUCCUGCCCUUUUUUGGAGACAGCGAGCAGGAGCUGUCGACCGCUGCCGAAUGGGGCCGGGGCUUCCUGUACUUCCGAGCCUUGUAUUAUUUACUUGGUCUCUUAUGGUUCUUCCUCGGCGUUUCCAUAAUUGCGGACAUCUUCAUGGCCGCGAUCGAGUGCGCUCGCGGCGUCCCACGUCGGUGCCUUCACUUCCAUACGACUCGUAUCAUGUUGUGGCUGGUUUCUUUGUCGACUUUGAGGCCAUUCCGCGCAGGACGAUCACGAGUAAAGAAAAACGGGUACCGGGCACGGACAUCACGUACAAGGUCUGGAACGCGACCGUCGCCAAUUUGACAUUGAUGGCCCUCGGGUCUUCAGCGCCAGAGAUCCUUUUGUCGGUCAUCGAAAUUCUGAGCAACGACUUCUUCACGGGCGAUCUGGGGCCGUCGACGAUCGUGGGUAGCGCGGCCUUCAACCUGUUCUGCAUCAUCGCUAUUUGUGUGGUGUCAUUACCAGAUGGAGAAACUCGGAAAAUUGAGGAAGUGACCGUCUACAAAGUGACGGGUUUUUUCUCGGUGCGUCGCGGCGUCCCGUCGUGUAGAGUGGUUUCUUUGUCGAGUUUGAGCCGUUUCGGGCCGCGUCGAUGGCGUCGUCACGAGACGCCGUCGACGCGACGCCACAUCACAACGAUGCUCCGCGCAGGUCUUCGCCUACAUCUGGUUACUUAUCAUCCUCAUGGUCUCCUCGCCGGACAUUGUCGAACCCUGGGAAGCUAUAUUAACCUUCCUCUUCUUCCCGCUACUCACGGCACUCGCGUUCGCCGCCGACAAAGGGUGGCUCGACAAAUGCGCGUCGAAGGUCGCACCAGAGAGCAGAGUCACGGCCAUCGGCGGCCUGCACUUCCACUCGUAUGAUUUUCGGGAACUCAUGGCCAAAUUACGGCACCCCCACACGACGCACGAAGAACGCCAAGAGAUCAUCGCGAAGCUGUCGAAGACGACGAAGAAGGCCAAACCUUCUAGAGCUGUUCAAAGGAUGAAUGCUACACGAUCGGCGAUAGGCAAGAAGGCCAUUCAGCAAAAUGCCCCAGAUCCGGCAGCCCUCGAGAAGUACCUCGCGAAGAUCUCGGGAGGCAAGAAGCACGGCCCGCGCGCCUUCUUUUCGGAUGCGAAGGGCAAGAUCAACACGAAGUACGCCCUACUUGAGUCUGAUGGGAGUGUGACGCUCAACGUGACGCGGACGCCGCCGACCGGGACCAUGAAGGUCAAAUGGAGCACGCGCGACGGCACGGCCAAAGGUUCGGACCCCGGCGCCGCCAAGAAGGGCGACUUCGAGAAGUCGAGCGGCGAACUCGUUUUUACCGAUGGAGAAAACUUCCAGAGCAUCACGGUCACGGUCUACGACGACGUCGAGACCGAGGUCGACGAGGCGCGCGCGCGGCGUCCCAUGUGACUCGUGGCCAUCGCACGAUGCCGUGGGUGCAAUUUUGAGCUGUUUCGGACCGCGUCGGGGCCGUCGCGGCGUGUCGGAGGGACCGCUUUCAUGAAGAUGGCGUCAGCGCGACGUCACGCCACCGCGACGCCAUCGACGCGACCGCACGAGAGUCUACGCGCCUCGCGAAGGAACAGAGACAGUCCCGGACCUCGUCGAGCGACCGCGACGCUCCGCGCAGGUCUUCUACGUCGACCUCAUCAGUCUAGAAUGCACGACAGAUGGGGAAAUGGAAGAAACGCAGCUCAUCGACUUGAAGAACGAGGACAACCGGACCGCGGAAGUGACGAUCAUCGACGACGACGAGCCGGGCGUGAUAGCGUGCGAACCCGGCGUCCCGUCGUGUAGAGGCGCCUUCAGGCCAUCGACGCGACUCGUGUCCAUCGGACGAGGUCGUGGGGGGUUUCUUUGUCGAAUUUGGGGCCGUUCGGACCGUUUCCAGUGAAUACGAUGCUCCGCGCAGGUUCCAAGCGCCCAAGGAGGGCUCUCCCACGCGUUUACCACCAGUAACAGCGUCGGAGAAGGCGGGCCACGCAAAAAUAAGAGUAGGAAGGUUCAACGGGGCGAACGGCGAGGUUCAUGUGGAUUGCAAGUUUAUUGAUGGUUCUGCAGUAAACGGGAAACAUUAUAAAGCGUCCAAUCACCCCAUUACCUUCCACAACACGGAAGUCGAAAAGUUCCUCGAGGUGGAGUUGCUGCACACGGGGCUGGAGGACGGCGUCGAGUUCACGGUACAACUGGAGAACGUGCGCAGCGACCACAAGGAGCGGCAGCCCUCAUUAGGACAUCAUACUAAACAAAUAGUACAUGUAGUAGCCGACGCCGACGAGAAGAAGCACAUGGACGACAUCCACGCCUACUUGCAGGCCAAUGACGGGUCGGGCUUCGCUGUGGGUUCGCAAGGCUGGGCGCACCAAUUUCAGGAGGCCCUCGACCCCGGUGAUAGCAUGGUACUACAUAUCAUCACCUUACCGUGGAAGCUCAUCUUCGCCACGGUCGCACCUACCUCAUAUGCUGGGGGCUGGCUCUGCUUCUUCCAAGCAUUAAUAUAUAUUGGCGUCGUGACGGCCUUUAUCGGUGACCUCGCGGCGCUCAUGGGCUGCUGCCUCGGGCUGAAGGACGUGGUCACGGCGAUCACGUUCGUGGCGCUCGGUACGUCCUUACCGGACGCGUUUGCCUCGAAAGCGGCCACAAUAAACGACGACAGCGCGGACGCCGCGGUCGGGAACGUCACUGGGUCGAAUGCGGUCAAUGUGUUCUUAGGAUUGGGUUUACCGUGGUCCAUCGCGGCGAUCUACUGGGGCUUUGGGCUGUAUUCGGACGACCACGAAGAAGCCUGGCUCAAGACCUAUGGCGGUAAAUAUGCGGUGGCCGGCGACGGGACGAUCGUCGGGCGGGGAGGCACAAAGUACCCGCCGGCAGUAGCCACUGCGACACCAGCGCCGACGCGCAUGAUGGAUGUCAGGGGAAAGUUGGGCCCCGACGGAGGGCGGAAUAUUGGUUUUGGCGAAACCGAACCGAUUGGGUUCAUCGUGCCGGCCGGCUCCCUUGGAUUGUCGGUAGCGGUCUUCACGAUCUGCGCCCUGACGACGAUCGCGGUCCUGUACUACCGACGGGUGACGAUCGGUGCGGAGCUCGGCGGGCCCAAGGCGUCGGCGAAGCGCCACGCGGCGUUGCUGGUGGGCCUCUGGUUCGUCUACGUCGUCGCGUCGAUCCUGUCGACGGAGGGGAUGAUCUAGGUCGCUCGCUCGCGCGUCGUAACACAAUUCUAGGAGG